AUGGAGCCAUGUGUCGGGUUAGCAGAUGCCAGCAGAAGACUUGGAGACUUGUUCUUGCAAUACGGCAAGCUGCAGGAAGCAGAGGUCAUGUAUAAAACAGCACACGACUGGUAUCAGCAGCUGGACCCUCUAAGCCGAGAGCUCCUUAUAGCCCUUGAUAGCCUGGGGCUCGUCUAUCGAAACCAGUCCAAAUACAAGGAGGCGGAAGAGAUCCACGAAAAGGUGUUGGCAGACAAACAAAUCAGGGUAGGCCCAGAAGACCCGUCUACAUUGGAUACCACUUAUCAUCUCGCCGAACUAUACUCGAGCCAAGGAAUGCUAGAAAAGGCAAAGCAGAUGUAUGAAAGAGUGCUAAGUGGAAGGAGAAGCAUGCUGGGCCAAAGCCAUCCAUCAACUCUGAGCACGAUGGAUAAACUAGGAACAGUCUAUCUAGGCUUAGGAGAACUGAACGAUGCUAUGGACUAUUGUCAGCGAGCUUAUCAAGGUUACCGAAAGCACCGUCUAAUAACCGCGAUGAUGAAUAUCACCAACAAUAUCGGCCUCAUCUACUUGAAGCAGGGGCGUUUUGUAGACGCCGCAGCGUACCACACUCAAGUUGUGAAGGAACUUGAGGCAAUCCUAGGAGAGAACCACCCCUCUGUAUUCAAUGCCAUGGAGAAUCUGGGUCUUCUCUAUACCAAACAGGGCAAAUUCGACGAAGCCAAGAAACAUCUCUUCGAAGCUUUAUCCCACAGGAAGCGCGUGCUCGGCGCAGAGCACCCUUCGAUCAUAACUACCAAGGACAAUAUAGCACGUCUGUAUGUCUCACAGGGCAAGACUGAUGAUGCUGAGAGAGAAUACAAAGAAGCUCUGGAGCUAGCAAACAGGAUGCUUAGUUCGAAUCAUAUAAGCACCUUACGGCUACUCAACAACCUGGGUAACUUGUACUAUUCGCAAGGAAUGUUUCGGGAAGCCGAGAACAACUAUCUUCAGGCCAUGGCUGGCUAUGAGGCGGUUGUAGUCCCCACUCACACCUCUAGGUUAUCUGUCAUGGUCAAUCUCGGCAAUAUCUACAAGUUACAAGAUAAGAGAGACGAGGCUGGACAGAUGUAUAGAGGAGCCCUUGAUGGCUACAAAGACGCGGUGGGUGAGAGCCAUCCGACCACGCUGAAAGUUGAGAACAACCUCGGACUGCUCUACUUCGACCAGGGGAACUUUCAAGCGUCGGAGGAUACGCUCUUUCAAUGCAAGAAAAAGAAGGAAAAGUUGUUCGGCUCUGACCAUCCUUCUACCCUGGAUGCAAUUGACAACCUGGGUUUCCUACGAUAUUGUCAAGGCCGGUUCAUAGAGGCAGACAAGCUGAUGGAACAGUCCUUAACUGGAUGGAAGAAGAUAGGUCACCGCCAGCACAUUCUCGCGACACAAAUCAACCGAGGAAUGGUUUGUAUUGGCCUGGGCAGAUUCGACGAAGCAGAAGAGAUCCUUAAACAAAGUCAAGUUCAAGCCCAGGAGCUCCUCGAUCCAGACCAUCCGUUCAUCGCCGAAGUCACUCACAAUCUUGGUGUAUUAUCCUUGGAGCGGGGUGCAAUUCACGAGGCGAAAAAGCAACUCCAAUAUGCCCUCGACAAACGAGGAAAGAUAUUCGGCGCAAACCACACGUCUACCUAG